GCGCGGACGCCUGUCACUCCGUGGACCGAGGUUCCCUCGCCUAAGGUAGUCUGAGUGGAGAAAGUCAUGAAGAUGGAAGGAGCUGAUGUAGAUGAAUUAUUGAGGCGGUUUAUGGAGUAACGAAGUGAUAGCGUUUACUCGUCUUGUCGGAGCCAUACAGGACAGCAAUACCAGGAAAUUGCCAGAUAGCAUGCCAGUAGAGGUGACUCCACUGCAGAUGAGGGAACAUGUUGGCUAUGGACCAAGGAGUGGUGGAGGAAUGGCUGUCAGAAUUUAAGACCCUUCCAGACAGUGCUGUGUCCAACUAUGCCGCCUCACUGAAAGACAAAGGUUCCCUGGUACCCGCCCUCUACAAGGUCAUCCGUGAGAACUACAGCGACUUGCUGGAGCCCGUGUGUCACCAGUUAUUUGAGUUUUACCGGAGCGGUGAGCCGCAGCUGCAGCGCUUCACGCUACAGUUCCUGCCGGAGCUCCUGUGGAGCCUUCUCUCCGUCAGCGCAGCCAGAGACCCCCACACCUCCGGCUGCAUCGAGGCUCUGCUGCUGGGCAUUUACAACCUGGAAAUAGUUGAUAAAGAUGGACAAAGUAAAGUAUUAUCUUUCACCGUCCCUUCUCUCUCCAAACCGUCGGUGUACCAUGAGCCUUCAGCCAUCGGCUCCAUUGCCCUUACAGAAGGGGCUCUAGCCAAUCAUGGGCUGAGCAGGGUGGUGUACAGUGGGCCACACCUCCAGAGAGAAACCUUUACAGCGCAGAACAGAUUUGAGGUGCUGACCUUCCUGCUGCUGUGCUACAAUGCUGCACUCAGCUACAUGACCUCCACCUCCCUCCAGUCCCUCUGCCAGCUCAGCUCCAGGGUGUGUAUAUGCGGUUACCCACGGCAACAGAUGCGGCGAUACAAGGGCAUUAGCACACGGCUGACGGUCACGUCAGAGUUCCUGGUUCAGCUCAUCACAGGGAUACACUAUGCUUUGUGUAAUGGGGAAGUGGAACUGGGAUCCAAAGCACUGGAUGAUGUUCUGUACCGGGCCCAGCUGGAGCUCUUGCCCGAAGCGCUGUUGGUGGGUAAUGCCAUCAAGUCGUCACUGCAUGGCGCAGCGCUGAAGAGCAACAACAAGGAGGGUCCACGGAGUAUCCAGGUAGAGAUCACACCCACCUCCUCCCGGAUUUCUCGAAACGCUGUCACCUCCCUCUCUAUCAGGGGACACCGCUGGAAGAGACACGACGCAGUGGAUUUGGGUUCCCCGGAUGAGCUGAUGGAUAUUUCAGAGGUGGAUGAAGGGGUGUGGCCAGGCGGCGUGGGGCCUGACAUGACCCCACCGACCAUCACUAUCAGCAAUAGUGUCACAACGUUGAACCUGGGGGCCAAGGCCAUGAAGAAGUGUCGGCUUGGCGGGCGCACCAGCAAGGACAAGGACAAGGAGGCGGGCCCUCUAACAACAGGCAGAGCCGCCAGUGAGAACACAGAGCUGUCUGUGAAGCGACUGACGCUCACAUCCAGCCAGUCGGUGCCCAAGGCUGGAGCUCUCACCAGCCUGACGCGCACCGCCAGUGCCGUCUUUUCCCGCUCCUUCGAGCAGGUGGCCAGCGGCAACGCCCCUCCCUCCAGCAACCACACCGCCCCUGAUGCUGGCCGCUACUCGUGCAGCCUGCAAGAGGAUGGGCUGGGGUACUUGAGUCCGGCGCCAAACCACACGCAGCGCUCUCCCAGCAUCAGCGUGCACUUCGGCUCUGACCUUUGAACCCUUUAUGACUCCUGACUACCUGAACCCGUCGCCUCCGAUCCUGUGACCCUGUACCUGUGACCUGGAACUCCAAGCCAUGCCAACCACUACGGACCACAGACACUCCCGCUGGUUCCCUCGUCACUCCUUUUCAACGUGUUUGAUUGUCCGUACUGUAAGCCAGCCUACUGCCCUGCUACAUUCACACGUCUGGAUGUCCAUCAGCUCCUUCUGCUUUUUUCCCCCCAGCAGAGUCUCCAUCUCGGGGAUUGAUGGAGGCAGGACGUCAUUGCUCAGCUCGAACGAUUUUUACCAGUGCGCUGCUGCUGUGAAGUCGUGCCGGGACAAAACUGCACUCUGUGGCAGAGCCGCCUGUCGUAAAUGGGUGCACUUAAAACUCUUUACUAAAACAAACUGUGUGGAAAAGUAUUUGGAAGUAUUUUAAUUGGCAUUUGUUGCCCUGCAUGGCUUUUCCAUACAUCCAUCCUGACCUUGCCCAUGUUUGUCAGAGGGCAGAUGAGUGUGUGUGAGCAUGCUUGAGUGUGUGUACUGUAUGUGUGAAUGUACGGUUGUUUUUAGAAUAAAGGCUGCUGAUUGAUACAGUGAACAAGUAUGAUUCUCCAAAUUGGAACAAGUCUUUCUAUUGCUUUUUAAAAGAUGAUGGAUCCUUUCUGUAGCAAUACAAAUAUCUCCUAUUCAGUGUUUUCCAUCUUUUGGGAAGAUCCUCCAAACUGCCUCUGUUCACACAGCUGUGCUUCUGUAAAGAAAAUCUACGUCCUUCCUUUAAUGCAUCAGCAAAAACCAUGACUAAAUAAUCAACUAGUACAAAAAGAAACAGCUCAUCACGUUUACAACUGCACAGUAUUGUCAUCGUGAUGGAGAAGCAAUAUUUGUGUCCCCCACGCUCCUUUAGCACUUUCCUGAAUUGUUGUGUAUCUGAUGGAAAAAAUGAAACUUUAAAUUCUGACAAGUGAUCAGGGUGAUUAAUUAUGGGGGACGAUAGGUGUGUGUGAUUUUAAGUAUUGAAUUUUGCACUUGAAAGAGCAAAUGAGUUGUGUCCUCAACUUUGGUAUUUUCUUAUGAUGAACAAGAGACGUUUGAUUCUCGGCUGUGGUGUUCUGUGUCUUGUUGCCCUGCACAGAUUUCUAUGGGGGGAAAAAAAGUUGAAAACCCGACCUGAAGUCCACGUUUGCACACAGGUACGAGAAUCUGAUGGCAGAACUGUAACUGAACCUUUUCCUCUGUGUUGUGCAGUCAGAAGGCGUGCAGGGCAACAAGGCAUCGUAACUCUCUGCACAUCAUUCCAGCUGUUUGUAGUAUUUUGGUGAUGUAUUUCCUGUGUCCCUCCUUGUCGUUCACAUCAUCAUCACCACCACGUCACAUGACAGGGUGAUAUUCUCUUGUACCAAAAACAAAAUAAACUCCACCCAUCUGCUAUAUUUGAUGUCCUAAAUCAAGCGUUCAUGCUGCAAGCAAAGCGUGUCCUGUUGUCUGUGUACUAGAGCUGUCGAGUGUCCUUACAGUAGCUUGGUGGGACAAUAUCAAUCAUCGUGUUUCUGUAUGUGGGUUUACAGAAUGUGAAUGGGUAAGCUCUUGUUGUAAUUCAUACUGUUGUACUAAAGUUGGUUUAUAUUGGCCUUUUCAUGUCUGAAGAUAACUCACUGCUACAACUUCUGGGAAUAAAGUGUUUCUAUAUUUCA